AGCCGAGCCCCGGGCCCGGUCUUCCCGGGGCUUCCCUCUCUGGGUCGCCCCGGCCGCCGUUAAAGCGCCCGACAGGAGGAGCUUCCCCGGAGCUGGGCCGGGCCCCAGGCCGGCAGCACUUAUUGGGCGCUUCCUCCACACCCGUUACACAGCCACGCCCUCCCCCCGGGGUUACGUUCCUAAGGAGAUGGGCGGAAGGGGCGCUACCCGCCCAGGACCCUCGCUCCGGAGCACAGGCUGCCCCUCUGGGCCUCAGUUUUCCGUUCUGUGAAAUGGGGUAAGGGCAGCCGCGUCCCGCGGUCCGGGAGCUCAAAGGGAGAUCCGCUCCCGGACUCGAACCCGCCCCCGUGGGCCUCCAGCCACGUGGACGCGGCGCCCCGCCCCCCGAGAGCUGCGCAAGCGCGUUGAGCCCGCCGGCAGCGGCUCGGGCUGCGCAAAAGACGCGGACGGCCCGCCCCGCGGCGCGCAGGCGCACUAAAGUCGGCCGAAGGCUCCCAGAGGGAAGACAGCGCUAAGAUGGCGGCCUUCUCGGAAAUGGGGGUUAUGCCUGAGAUUGCUCAAGCUGUGGAGGAGAUGGAUUGGCUCCUCCCAACUGAUAUCCAGGCGGAGUCCAUCCCACUGAUUCUCGGAGGAGGUGAUGUGCUUAUGAGCAGAGAGGUGGGGGCAGGAAGGGCAGCAGCUUUCAGUAUCCCGGUCAUCCAGAUAGUCUAUGAGACCCUGAAAGACCAGCAGGAGGGCAAGAAAGGGAAGACCACCGUGAAGACAGGGGGCGCAGUGCUGAACAAGUGGCAGAUGAACCCGUACGACAGGGGAUCGGCUUUCGCGAUCGGGUCGGAUGGUCUUUGUUGCCAGAGCCGAGAAGUGAAGGAAUGGCACGGGUGUCGCUCCACAAAAGGAGUCAUGAAAGGAAAACACUACUACGAAGUGUCCUGCCACGACCAGGGCCUGUGCAGGGUUGGAUGGUCGGCCUCCCAGGCCUCCCUCGACUUGGGUACCGACAAGUUUGGCUUUGGCUUUGGUGGAACUGGGAAAAAGUCUCAUAAUAAGCAGUUUGACAAUUACGGAGAGGAGUUCACUAUGCACGAUACUAUUGGAUGUUACCUGGAUAUUGACAAAGGGCAGGUCAAGUUUUCCAAAAAUGGAAAAGACCUUGGUCUAGCUUUUGAAAUACCAGCCCACCUGAAGAACCAACCGUUCUUCGCUGCAUGUGUCUUAAAGAACGCUGAACUGAAAUUUAACUUUGGGGAAGAAGAGUUUAAAUUCCCCCCCAAAGAUGGAUUUGUUGGGCUCUGCAAGGCUGCUGAUGGCCAUGUUGUGAAAUCUCAGCACACAGGGAGCGCGCAGGUGGCGCAGACCAAGUUUCUUCCCAACGCUCCCAAAGCCCUCAUCGUGGAGCCGUCGCGGGAGCUGGCAGAGCAGACUCUGAAUAAUGUCAAGCAGUUUAAAAAAUAUGUGGAUAACCCGAAGCUGAGGGAGCUCUUGAUCAUCGGAGGGGUGGCAGCCCGGGACCAGCUCUCUGUGCUGGAGCAGGGGGUGGACAUAGUGGUCGGGACCCCGGGGAGACUGGACGACUUGGUGUCCACUGGGAAGCUCAACCUGUCCCAGAUCCGAUUCUUGGUUCUGGAUGAAGCCGACGGGCUCCUCUCCCAGGGCUACUCGGACUUCAUCAACAGGAUUCACAGUCAGAUCCCACAGAUCACCUCGGAUGGAAAAAGGCUUCAGGUCAUCGUCUGCUCGGCCACGCUCCAUUCUUUUGAUGUCAAGAAGCUCUCGGAAAAGAUCAUGCACUUCCCGACCUGGGUCGAUUUGAAGGGCGAGGACUCGGUCCCCGAGACCGUGCACCACGUGGUGGUGCCCGUGAACCCCAAGACGGACAAGCUCUGGGAGAGGCUGGGCAAGAACCACAUCCGAACUGAUGAGGUCCAUGCGAAGGAUAACACCCGGCCUGGGGCCAACAGCCCUGAGAUGUGGUCGGAGGCCAUCAAGAUCCUGAAGGGGGAGUACACGGUGCGGGCCAUCAAGGAGCACAAGAUGGACCAGGCCAUCAUCUUCUGCAGGACCAAGAUCGACUGCGACAACUUAGAGCAGUACUUCAUGCAGCAGGGCGGAGGUCCGGACAAGAAAGGGCACCAGUUCUCCUGCGUCUGUCUGCACGGUGACAGGAAGCCCCAUGAGAGGAAGCAGAACUUGGAGAGAUUUAAGAAAGGAGACGUCCGCUUCCUGAUUUGCACGGAUGUGGCUGCCAGAGGGAUCGACAUCCAUGGGGUCCCUUACGGUAAAUGGCAACUCUGGCUCUCAGGGCUCAAACCUUGGCUUACCGGGCAGGCCCGAACCCUAAAGGGCCGCGAAGAGGCGCUGGAAAGACGUGGACCUUCGGAUGAUUUCAGGAUGGGUCUGGCCGUGUCCCUGGUGGCGACCGAAAAGGAGAAGGUUUGGUACCACGUGUGCAGCAGCCGUGGCAAGGGCUGCUACAACACGCGGCUGAAGGAGGACGGCGGCUGCACCAUCUGGUACAACGAGAUGCAGCUGCUCUCUGAGAUCGAGGAGCACCUGAACUGCACCAUCUCUCAAGUGGAGCCGGACAUCAAGGUCCCCGUGGAUGAAUUUGAUGGGAAGGUGACCUACGGGCAGAAGAGAGCCGCUGGGGGGGGGACCUACAAAGGCCACGUGGACAUCCUGGCGCCCACGGUGCAAGAACUGGCUGCCCUGGAGAAGGAGGCCCAGACCUCGUUCCUGCACCUCGGCUACCUGCCCAACCAGCUUUUCAGGACCUUCUGAGGGGUCACUCCUGCCACAGGCUCGGGCCCCCGCCCCGCCUUGGCGCUCGUGGCAGUCGUGCCAGCUUCCUGCAUGUCAAGGAGCUCGAGUAUCAUUAUUCUCCUUAGCAAUUGUCAAGAAUAAAAAGGCCAGCUCAGUGACGACA